AUGUAUAAUGUACCCCGUACCACAGCAAGAAAUAAGCUUGAAGGCAAGUCACCAACUGAGUUGAUAGGACAUGGUGGAGUAUCACCCAUACUUGGAGAUGACAUUAAUAACUCAUUGGCAGACUGGGUGCUAACUUGUACAAAAAUGGGAUUUAAUAUAGAUCGAGAGGGACCUCAUUUAAAAAACAGUCCAGUCAAAAAAGAUGUUUUGCCAUGCCAAAAAUACUAA